ACUUUGAUUGUCACUAUCAUAGCGGUAGUGAUCGACUGUAAACCAGUUUACCAGAAGACGACUAAUGACUCGAAAAAGUCUGUCCGCUGUUAUAGUCCAGAAAAACCUGAGAAUAUGCCCGAAGAGGUGUUCCGCAAAUAUAAGAUAUCCAGUCGUAACCUAUCGGAGACCGACAAACGGACAUUUUGGGAUAAAUUUAGUCAGUGGUGGCAAAAUGCUUUCGCACAAGUCGGCAAAUUUGUACAAAAAGUGGUAAAAUUUUUUGAUAAUCUGUUCAAAAACAAUAGAAAAACCAAUGGACAACAAACUACUACUACUACAGAAGUGCCGCCAACUCCUUCUCAACAUAGAUACGCGUCAAAUGUGGUAAUCUGUGUGGAGAAAGACAUCGGUGGUCAAGUGGGUCUACAGACUACCAAAAUUUAUACGAUUGAUGUGACGACACCUUUUAAGAUACAAAAUGAAUGGGUGACUAUAACAUCGUCGGCCACAACAACGUCAACAACGACGACGACUACAACAACAACUGAGUCAACAAAUGAAUCAGAAACCAACAAAUAUGAGACAAUGGAUGAACAGUUUAGUACACCUUUUGAUCCAAACAGAGAACGAAACCCUGUUAUGGUGGGUGUCGGCGACCAAAAGGUACGACACGAUAGUCAUAGGGAUGAUCCAACUGUUGUCAAAGCUAUCUGA